GUAUUAGAAAAAGCUCAUUCACUUUUGGCUCAAUCAAAUUUCGAAGUAGCUAUCAAGACUUUGAAAAAGGUGAUACAACUUCAACCUGAUAAUCUUGAAGGUAGAGAAUUGUUGGGGGUUGCAGAGUUGGAAGGUGGUGAUGAGGAUGUUGGGAGAGAGCACCUUCUAUCCCUUUUCCCUCCCCAUACCCCCAACCCACCUCAAACACCCUCACCUUAUCUUUACCUCGCUCAAAGUGCCGAAAACCCACAUGAAGCUUUAGGAUAUUAUUCCACAGCAGCAGCGAUGAUAGAGAAUGAUUUAAAAAGAGGUAAAUCGUCUAAAGAAGAAGAAGUUGAGAAGCGAGGAAUGGCCGUCACGGCUUUAGUGGCUAUGAUAGAGAUUUGGAUGUCAGAUUUAUGCUUCGAAGAUGCCGCCGAAACCAAUUGCGAUGCUCUUAUCUCCCGAGCAAUCUCCAUAUCACCUAAUGACCCAGAAGUCAGAUUAUCUCUAGCUUCUAUCCGGAUGUCUCAGCAAAGGACAGAAGAGGCUGAAACUGUCGUUAUGGGUUUAUACGAUGAGAUUAAAGAGAAGCAACCAUUCGACGAAUCUUUACCAGCUCUUCCCGUCCGACUUAACCUCACACGUCAAUUACUCGAACAUCAUCUCCAUCUCCCCGCUCUUGAUAUAGUUCAAACUAUCCGAGAAGAAGAUUCACUCAAUGUAGAAGGUGCUUAUCUAGAAGGAUGGGCUUUGUAUCUCCGUGGGGAGGCACUUUCUUCUAAUGGGCUAAAGGGAAACGAAGAGGUGUGGUCCACCCCGGAAGAAUGUUUCUCAGAGGCGAUGAGAAGUUUAAUGGAGUGUGCAAAGCUUUAUGAAGAGCAGGAAUAUUCAGAUGAGGGAAUAGGAUCUCAUGUAGCGGAAUUAUUAGAGGGAUUGGAUAAGAAAGGUGUGAAACCUGCAGAGGAAGAAUGGGAGGAUGAGGAUGACGCUGAGGAUGUUGAGAUGGUUUAA